CUGUAAGAAGCCGAGUCUACUUAAGCAUACGGAAUUAUCAUCUCUUGAUGUCUUCAAGAAUAUUGCAUUAUCUGCCUGCCUAGCUAGUAUUUAGUUAUAUCGGAUUACCCAUUCUAACGUUUGGUUAGGUAUAAAUCAUGUCUCAGUCAAAAGGAUACUCUGAUUUGAAAUACUUUUUAGUCUCGUCACCAUCUGAAUAUGUAACACAUGUCGAAAUCAACCGUCCAUCUAAGCUAAAUGCUUUCACGGAGGAGAUGUGGAUCGAGCUAGGGACGGCAUUUGCGAGACUAUCCCACGACCCCGAAGUUCGCGCUGUAGUCUUCUCCGCAGCCGGUGACCGGGCGUUCACGGCUGGUCUUGAUGUACAAGCAGCCAGCCAAGGGGGGCUUAUCGGGGGCAGCGGCGAAAAGCUAGACGGGGCAAGGCAGGCAACAAAACACCGACGUCAGAUUAUCCAGUUCCAAGACUGCAUAGGCCAGAUAGAGAAAUGCGAGAAGCCUGUGAUCCUUGUGAUGCACGGCAUUUCAAUUGGCUUGGCUAUCGAUAUUGCCUGCUGUGCUGAUAUCAGAAUAUGUUCGAAAGACACCAAGUUUGCCGUGAAAGAGGUAGAUAUUGGCAUGGCCGCAGAUAUCGGGACUUUAAGCAGACUGCCCAAGAUCGUCUCAAGCUUUUCGUGGGUGAAGGAUGUCUGUCUGACGGCUCGGGGCUUCGGAGCGGAUGAGGCACUUGCCGUUGGGUUCGUGAGCCAGGUACUAGAAACCAAGGCUAAGGCCGUCGAGGUGGCUGUAAAACUAGCAGCCACCAUAGCCUCAAAGAGUCCUGUAGCUGUCCAGGGCACAAAAGAACUGUUGAAUCAUGCAAGAGACAAUACCGUUGCAGAUAGUCUGAGAUACACCGGUAUAUGGAAUCAAGCAAUGCUACAAGCUGAUGAUUUCAAAUCCGCAUUACUUUCGGGGCUGAAAAAGACCAAGCCGAGGUUCGAAAAACUAUAGUUUAUUGGUAGCAAGAAAGACUCGCAAAUAUAGGUAUCAAUACGUUUUUGGGUUAAGCGCAUUGUAUAAAGUCAAUUUGAAGGUAUUCUGUGUCAACCCCAGAACGCCGUACAACCUAAAAUAUCAC